GCACCGGCACCGGCACCGGCACCGGCACCGGCACCGAGCCCUGCUCGGCGGCUGUGCCACGGCCCGGCGGGCCGGGGGGGCGGCGUCCCCAUGGCCCUCUUCACAAGAACCAGCAGUCAUCCUAACGCCACCGACCCCGUUCCCUGUGGGGCAAACACCACCACAGAGCCCGACCUGCCACACUCGCAUGCCUACUACGCCCUCUGCUACUGCAUCCUGAUUUUGGCCAUCAUCUUUGGGAACGUGCUGGUCUGCUUAGCCGUGCUGAGGGAACGCACCUUGCAAACCACCACAAACUACCUUGUGGUGAGCCUGGCGGUGGCGGACUUACUGGUGGCUACUUUGGUGAUGCCAUGGGUGGUGUACCUGGAGGUGACCGGAGGAGUCUGGACUUUCAGCCGCAUCUGUUGUGAUAUCUUCGUCACCAUGGAUGUAAUGAUGUGCACAGCCAGCAUUUUAAACCUCUGUGCUAUCAGCAUUGACAGAUACACCGCAGUGGUGAAACCAGUUCAGUACCAGUACAGCACCGGGCAGAGCUCCUGCAGGAGGGUGUCUCUCAUGAUUGUGAUAGUCUGGAUGCUGGCAUUCGCAGUGUCGUGCCCUCUCCUCUUCGGCUUCAAUACUACAGGGGAUCCCAGUGUCUGUUCCAUAUCCAACCCUAGUUUCAUCAUCUACUCCUCUUUGGUGUCCUUCUACCUCCCCUUCAUGGUGACCCUGCUGCUCUAUGUCCGGAUUUACCUCGUGCUAAGACAAAGACAAAAGAAGCGAACCCUCACCCGGCAGGGCAGCCACAGCGCCAGCACCAAACCGUGUUAUGCACACAAAGAACACAUGGAGAGAAAAGCUUUGCCAAACAGAAGCCAAGGCACCUUUUCCCCCUGUCUCCCACUCAAAUGCUCAGGCCAGGAGACGUCUACCAAAAGGAAGCUGCUGACUGUCUUCAGCCUGCAGCGGUACCGCAGCUUCUGCCACGAGGCAUCCCUCACCAAGACACCAGGGACUACACAACACAGCAGGCUGGAAGAGAGGAGAAAGAGUACGAAGCCAGGACUGGAGGUACGGAGGCUCAGUGAUGGCAAAACCGUCAGCUCUUUGAAGCUAGCGCAGCAGCAGCCCCGGCUGAUCCAGCUUCGGGAGAGGAAGGCUACGCAGAUGCUAGCUAUUGUCCUGGGGGCAUUCAUAGUCUGCUGGCUGCCCUUCUUCUUGAUUCACAUUCUCAAUGCCCACUGCCCGUCCUGCCACGUGCCCCCAGGGCUUUACAGUGCCAGCACCUGGCUUGGCUACGUGAACAGCGCUCUCAACCCCAUCAUCUACACAACCUUCAACACUGAUUUCCGCAAAGCCUUCCUCAAGAUCCUCUGCUGCUGACCGCCGGGCCGGCACCGCGCUGCACAGGCUGCGGUUUGGAGCAGAAGCAAACCGGCGAGUCGCUCGGCGUUGGGCACAGCGGUGCCGAGAGGCAGACCCGGCGUGCGGUGGAAGAUCAGCCGCCGCAGCGUGCCGGCCCUGGGAGCUGCCAGGCUCGCAGAGCGCACGGGACCCAAGAGGACAUGGACCCAAUCUCCCCCACCUACGUGCUGGGAACGCGUUUGCGCUCCCGCUGCUGGAGCCUCCGCCUGCAGAAGGCACCCAGCUCACGCGCAGCAGUCCUAGUAAGAGGGCGGAACGUGACCUCUUUGAUAAGGAUCCCGAUCCCUUUGAUCGGGAGCCAAGAGCAAAAAUUCGGCAAGGAAACUUAGAAACAGAGCGCCGAUGGAGAAACGACAACAUCCCUGUUGUCUCCAUCAAAAGGUUUGCCCAUAAAACUGGGUCAGUCUCAGUGCUUGAGAAAAUCGCCCCAGUUGCAAAUGAAACCUUCCCCUGUGCUGCCAGCUUGUAUUUUAUUGCUCCUUGCAAGGUAGAGAGGUGGCUACCAUCCCUCUGGUAGGUCAGAUCACAUGAGAAGUGCCACACUUAUCACAGUGUCCCCUCUCUUCCAAACCCAAGGACCAGCGAUAGAUUGGCCACUACUUAACUACCACAUACCCAGUCACCUACUGGGGCCACUAAAUAAUGAACAAGGCCUAGGAUAGCUCCAGUCAUGCCUGCGAUAGAUUCAAACCUGUUUUUUCAGCUGGGGCAGGUGGCAUGCACCCAGCCUCAAAACUUGUUCGUAGUCUUUUUGCAACCAAUCUGUUUGCGCUCCUCUCCUCAUCAGGAGCACUGCUAGUUGAAGGGUUUGUCCCAUCUGACUGCUGCGAUAACUCCUGUGACCGCCCACGCUGGGGGGAGAGCUGUUUCAGUAACAUCCCUCCCAGUACGAAAGGACGUGUGCCUCAGGAUCAGACCCAGGACUCUCCGUGGCUCCCCUCGCCGAUAUACCUGUCAGCACACAGGGUGUCCGUACACCCCAGCUUCCAGGAGCUGGCCAAAUACAGCCCUGCCGACAGUCUCCUUUCCCAGCAGUAUUUUACAAAGCCAUCUCCACUAGUUCCUGGGUGAAAACACCAGAAAAGCCCUGCCCUACCACGUAAGCUGGUCUCAUGUCAGAGCACUCUAAUGCUUGUCUCCUUGUAUAAACAAACAUGACCUGGGACAGCCUCAACACGUUUCUUUCAUUUUCCCCCCCUCGCUGUACUGGAUCAGCUCUCACUCCCAAGACUAAGCUUAGCUGUGCUGUUAGCCGCGCUCGUUUGACAGCUUUGGGUGUAACUGUGUGCUGUCUCUGCCUGUGUCCAUGCCACAGCUCCUCCGUCUGGGAAGGGCUUCCUCUCUUUCCUAAUAUAAAGCCAAAACCAUUGUCCUCAGCCUCUGGAACACAUAGCAGAGCUCUAGCUUUUUCUUUUGUUUGUCUGGGGUUUGGGAGGAGGUGCUCGUGGACAGCAUGUGCUGUUUGCUUGGGGAGGUGCCCUCCAUACUGCAUUGUAACUGCAUUAGUCCAA